AUGAUGACUUCCCGUAAACAAAACAAUGGCCAGAAUCCACCCAAACCUCUCACCCCGGCGCUCAGUGCAGCUUUUCAUCGUGCCAGCAAGCCUCUGACCCCCAGACUCGCCAAUCCGGGAGGCUACCCCUCGAGGAAGCUAGCUGCCGACCAUGUCCCUCCCAGCUCCCUCAAGGGGAGUCCCUCCGCAUCUCCCGGCCCGUUCCUGAAAUCCAAUAUCACCCCACGAUCAGGUCCUCGAUUGAAGAAUGCUAAGCAAGAUGAAAGAUUCACCCCUCCAACGAGCCCACCAACACGCACUCUACACUCCCGACAGCCGUCUCUCAACUCCCAGAUCAGUGCCGCUGGUACGGCUGCGAGUAAUACUGUGAAGAGUCGCAAGGGUGGGAGCCCUGUCCGCUCGAAUACGAAGCCGGACCUCUCGAAAAUUGCCACUACCAAACCAAUGGAUAUGCUUACACCGCCUCUCGGUCGCACCUCACGGCCAAGUUCCCUCGCCGAGGGCUCGGGCGAGUCAUCGCCCAUGUUUUUCCACGCCUCCAACGCACAGUCUGUUCUCUCCGACUCAGAUGAAAAGCCUACUAUUAAUUUCAGACCCGUCACAACAUUUGUAUACGCCAAUGGAGCCGUGGAACACCAAGCAUCGCGAAUGGUGGAGUCAAGUCCGAUAAUCCCUUCUUCCCGGCGCCCUGCACGUGCCAUGCGUCCUUCGCUCCUCGGGAUUCCUCAAGGCACUCCUUCUCCCCGACUGAUGUCUCCUAGAUUUCUGGAUUCAUCCUCUCGGUUCGGUGAUGACGCCCGUUCAACAAUCAGCUCACUUGCUGACGAUGCGUCCGAUGUUGGGUCGCAGGUGCGUUAUCCCAUGUCCAGGACUCUGAACGGAAGCCGGCCACCUUUAUCACAAGGAGAACAUGGGAAGUCGGCUAGUACAGACCUUACCCUUCGUCGCACUCCAUCGCGCGACCUGCCACCGAAUUCCGCAGUGAUAUCCCCUUCGGCUUCUCAUACCAGCCAUGAUGCCAUUCCCCCGGUUUCCGUCACAGGACGCCGUCCUCGUAUCUUCAGCAACAGCUCCAAUGCUUCUGCUGACACGCAUGUGUCUCGAUCACAUAGCCCAGGAAAGCUGGACGCAGGGCUUGAACCCAUUAAAGAAGUUAAUUCUCGUAUUGAGCGCAAAAUCAUGGAUCUGGAGAUCAGUAACUCAUCUCUUCUCGCCAUAAAUCGCACAUUGGAGCGCGAAAUGCGUAAACAGAAUGCCGAACUGCGAAGAUUCCGACGCCUGAGCCGUGCAGGCCGCCUGUCUUUAAUUCCCGCUCGUUCCCUGGAAUCGCUUCAAGCUGCGGGUAAAGAUAAUGAUCAAGAAGAGCCAGACCAAAAAUCAUCCGCUUCUGACUCAGAUAAUGACUCUGAACCCAGUGAGGAGGACUCUAACGCCGAUGAUUCGGGUCAGGGCCAGGAGUCAAACUCGGACAAUGACACCCGUCUCAGGGUCGGGGAUGAGAAGAAGGUGUAUAUCGAUCUUGCUCGCCAUCAGGAGCUCCUGGCUGGCAGUAGGAAAAUGAAUCACAGCCUCAAGCGUUGCCUGGCAUGGACAGAGGAUCUUAUCAAGGAAGCCCGCAAAGCCCUUGAAUACAAAGUCCGUGCCAAUGAUGCUUCACUUGGUGGAAGAGUACUCCCACCAGAAGAGUUGACAGAUAUCGAAGAGAGCAGUCAUGGGCUACUGAGUCCAAGCGCUGUGUCCCAUCUCAAUGCCUUGAUCCGCAUCCUCAGCCAGGCUCCCAAAGUUUCAUAUGGGAACGGCAACCUGGUUAUCCCACUACCCGGUCUGGCCUACGACGUGCCAGCUAUGCCUGGGUGA